AUGCUAGUGUUGUUCUGUACAAGAACUCAGAUCCUGACCACUGUCUCUCUGCUCCAGGGCAUCAUUCUGGAGCUCCUGAAGGAGGCCAUGUUGGCCAGCCUCAGCAACACCAAGGGCUUCCUGAUUGACGGCUAUCCCCAGGAAGUGAAGCAAGGGGAAGAGUUCGGACGUAGGGUUGGAGACCCGCACUUGGUGAUCUGUAUGGACUGCUCAGCAGACACCAUGACUAAUCGCCUUCUCCAGCGGAGCCAGAACAGCCCUUGCGCGGAAGACGCCGCCGCCAUCGCCAAGCGCCUUGAAGCCUACUACCGAGCGUCCAUCCCUGCGAUUGCCUACUAUGAGACAAAAACACAGCUACGUAAGGUAAAUGCAGAGGGGACGCCAGAGGAAGUUUUUCUUCAACUCUGCACAGCUAUUGACUCUAUUUUCUGAAGGCAAAAAAGCAUGUGCAUUAAGGAGAGUGGAGACAGAAAAAAAUAUUGAAAGGUUCAUCCCUUAACACAGUAUGUUUCAAGUUAAACCUUUAGUGCUCCCCGCCGCCGCCCCAAUCCUAACAUUGCUGUUUGCUGCCCAACUCGACCUUCCUGAGAGGUGUCUGGAAAUCAUGCAUGAUGUAUUUCGUAGGCUCCACCUCUUCUCCCUCACCCCACAGCUGUCCGCCCCCUGGCACGCACACUGCUCUGCGGUCCCGGCCGUGCCCCCGAGCUGCUGGUGUGUAAGCAGCAGUGAGUGCUGGCGUGCGCCAGUGGUGCCCCCAGGACUCGCAGCAGUCUGUCUGGUUUCCCUCUGCCAAGUGGGGGAUUGGCGCCCCUAACCCCGCAGCACAUUUCCCUUCCUCAUCCCGACACUGACAUGCUGUUGCCUGAUGAAGGGCCUUCAUCUGAGGGGCAGGCCUAGGCAUCUCCUCAAGUCUCAUCCACUAGCAGUAGCUCAGAGCCAGAGACUGGGCUGACAACUCCAAUUGCUGAUAAGAAAUGUGAUUAAAUUUGAUAAGAGAUAAUACAGUGUGAAAUUGUAUAGCUUUCCCGAGACAGUAAAACCCAGACUAGUCACCAAUAACAUGUGUCCGUUCAUUUUUUGGAAACUGGCUACUUGGACUGCUGUCAUAAUGGCUAAGAAAACAAACUGGAUAAAUUGUCUAACCUGAUCGCUUUUAUACCUGGUGGUGCAUUUCAACAAUGAUAAAUUAAUACCAAUGAUCAAACAUAACUUUAAAGCACGAGGUGAUUUGUUACUGCAUUCACUGGACUAAUGUCAGCUUACAGUUUUGAUUUCACAUGAUCACCUAUUUACUUAUUGUUACUGCCAAGCAAGUAAGAAAUAAAGUAACAGUAACCAAACUGAUGUGGGUAGGAGAGGCAUGUCAGUACAUGAUGUUUAACAGAUCCCAGAGGUACAUUCGUUUCAUAUAGGCCUUCAACAGGGCUGUGCAAACCUUAUCAUAUCCAUAUGUAAAACUGUGUUUUCCUUGCUUCAAACCAGUGAAGUUUGGGUUCUCUUUUGUGCUAUCAGUUGCCAAAUCAGAGCUUCUUCUAUAUUCUACUGGAAUAAUUGCAUCUUCCAUUCAGUCACUUUAUAAAAGACCAUAGUUUCAGUUUGCAUGACUUUUUUCCCCUUCAAUGGUUGUGCUGAUAAGGAUCCAAUUCUGGGACAGAACUGUAUUUUUAAAGUCAUUUUUUUUCUUUUGAAAUGGAUAUGUACAAAUAAAAUAAAUGGAACACA